AGUUUAGAAACAAUAAAGCUUGUAUCGUUUAUCCUCUUAUUUUGUUUACAACACUUUGAAAAGUUUUCGCAAUAAUCCAAAAUAGAAAUGACGAAAACUUGACAAAUGUGAAAUAACAUUUUCUAGAUUUUGACAUUUUCUUCAUGUUCUUGUGGUUGUGGAUAAUAUUAUUUAAGGCGCAUGCUGCACACAAACAAAUUAGCAACCAACAGAACCAAAUAUCAGAGAAAGAGAUAGAGAUGGAAGAAGAGUUGAGAAACCUAAUCAAGGUAUGGAUCUCUGCCAUAAUCUCCAUAUCAUACUGUUACUACAUCUCUUCAAAACUCUCCAAAGGUUUUACUCGUCUCCUCUCUCUUCUUCCCAUCUUCAUCAUCUUCCUUCUUCUUCCACUCCUCCUCUCUUCUGUUCACUUCUGCGUCAUCUCAGCUUUCUUCCUCACAUGGCUUGCAAAUUUCAAGCUCCUUCUCUUUGCUUUUGAUCAAGAACCUUUAAGCCCACUUCCCUUAAAUCUCUCCCGUUUCUUCUGCUUCUCUUGUUUCCCCAUCAAAACCAGUAGUCGAAACCCUUCCUCAAAUCGAAUCUACAACAAACCUUCUAAAUGGAUUCUUGCUAUCAAACUCUUGAUCUUUUCCUUCUUAUUACAUGUGUAUAGAAACAACUAUGAUUCUGGUUUAUCUCCGUCCGGUUUCUUGGCUCUCUUUACAGUCCAUGUUUACCUUGAAGCAGAACUUAUCUUAGUCUCCGUCAGUACCUUGCUCUCUAUGUUUCUUGGCUGUGAAAUCGAACCGGUCUUUAAUGAACCUUACUUAGCCACUUCUUUACAAGACUUCUGGAGCCGUAGAUGGAACCUCAUGGUCCCAGCCAUACUCCGCCCAGCCGUCCACAUACCGGUUCAACGACUUUUUACACCUUUACUCGGUCUACACGGUGCUUUUUACAGUGGAAUGUUAGCCACCUUUCUUGUCUCAGGGUUAAUGCAUGAGCUGUUCUACUUUUAUAUGGUCCGUAAAUCUCCAACUUGGGAAGUCACUUGCUUCUUUCUGUUGCAUGGAGUUGCAACGUCGGCGGAGAUAGCGAUCAAAAGGACGCGGUGGCUUCCUAGGCCGCAUCUGGCCGUCUCGGGUCUUGCGGUUGCGGCGUUUGUGAUCGUUACAGCCAGUUGGUUAUUUUACCCUCCAGUUUUGAGAAAUGAUGUACAUAAGAGAAUAAUAAGUGAAUGUUUGUUGGUUGUUGACGUUGUUAAACACAUGUUGUCCGUAUUUUAAUGUAACGCCUAAUUUUGAAGAAGAGAUUCUUCUUUAUCCUCA